CAAGUGAGCCUCUAUCUGCUCCCGGAAUUCUCACAAGAAAGCAGUGCGGAAAAAUACCUCGCGUCACUCGCCAGAUCACCAUCACUUUCCUCUCCUCUCCUCCUCCUCCUUUGUCAAAACGACGCUCUCGGCAAAGACACCUCCGAACAGCCCACGAUGUCUACCGCUGCCCGCCGCCGGUUAAUGAGAGACUUCAAGCGCAUGCAGACCGACCCCCCUGCUGGGGUAUCUGCAUCUCCCGUGCCUGACAAUGUCAUGACUUGGAAUGCUGUUAUCAUCGGACCCGCCGAUACGCCUUUCGAAGAUGGCACGUUCCGACUCGUGAUGCACUUCGAGGAGCAAUAUCCGAACAAGCCGCCGGCCGUCAAGUUUAUAAGCCAGAUGUUCCACCCCAACGUCUACGCCACAGGCGAGCUCUGCCUGGACAUCCUACAAAACAGAUGGAGCCCAACAUACGACGUCGCGGCUGUCUUAACGAGCAUCCAAAGUCUCCUCAACGACCCGAACACGGGAUCCCCCGCCAACGUGGAGGCUUCCAACCUGUACAAAGAUAACCGCAAGGAAUACACUAAGAGGGUGCGUGAGACGGUAGAGAAGAGCUGGGAGGAUUAGGCUCU